UGGCUGCACGGCUGUCAUUCGUUACCUACCUAUAUGUUAAUACAGGUUUAACAAAUUUGCACGUUUCUUUUUAACGUUGCACAACAAAUUUUUGAUAAAGUGUUCCAAAUUGAUAAAUCAUAAGUACGGCAACUUAGUUGCAAAGGAAUGAGGUAAUGGAGUGUCUUGCGUUAAUUGAUUGUGAUGAGAAAACUAUAAAGCGACUUCUAGUCGUGCGCGUGAACAGAACCGGCUGUACGCGCCACCACCAUAUUGCAUAAGGCCAAAAUUGGCCCGUCAAAAAUGUUAAGCUGUGGUAGAGUUAUCGGACGAUUGCCAAAACUUACGAGGCAUUCGCAUGUUAAUCAUUUCUGUCGACCUCUAAAAUAUAUCGGAAUUGUUAAAGCUAGCAAUUCAUGGUAUAGUAAUAAUGCAUCUGACAAGAAAACAUACAAGCUCCCGGGAACCACCAUAAAACCUGAAGAAUGUGUACCUGAAAGUAGGUAUCUCAAAUUAAAAAAAACUGUCCCUUUUUGUGAAUCUUAUCCUAAUGCAUCUUGUCCGCCAUCAUGCUAUGAAGCUUGUGGAAAAUCAGAAGAUUCGCAAAAGUGUAUAGACAAGCCACCACCAUCAUCGCCACCAUAUUGGAAAAUAUUGGCCACUUUAAUUAUAGCUGGAGUUACAAUAUAUGCGAUAUCUAAGACAAAUUGGUUUACAUCAAAAAAAUCAGAUUUGCAGAUGGAUGUAAGUAAGAGGAAAAAGGAUGGAAGAAGACAUAGAAGAUUAUCAGAAAGAAUUAAAUCUCCUUCUAAUUCUAGUUCAAUUCCUAAAAAUGUACCUUACCUUUUAAUAGGAGGUGGAACUGCUGCAUUUUCUGCAUUUAGGUCAAUUAAAUCUGGAGACCCUAAAGCUAAGGUUUUAGUAAUAACAGAAGAAACAGACUUUCCUUACAUGAGGCCACCAUUAUCUAAAGAACUUUGGUAUAACACAGAUCGGAAAAUAAGUGGACAGUUACUUUUUAAGCAGUGGAAUGGAACACAAAGAAGUAUAUUUUAUGAGCCACAGGAAUUUUAUUCGAAUGUUAAUAGUUUAAUUGAAUCUGAUAAAGGCGGUGUAGCUGUAGCUACAGGUUGGAAAGUUAUAAAAAUUGAUGUCCAAACUAAAACUGUGACGCUCGAAGAUGGUUAUGAAAUAAAAUAUGAUAAAUGUCUUAUUGCAACUGGGGCUUUACCUAAAAAUCUUCCAGUUUUUGAAUCUAUCGAAGAUGAGCUCAAAGAUAAAAUUAUAACGUUUAGAACAAAAGAAGAUUUUCUUGACUUAGAAAAUAAUGUGCAUAAUCCUAAAUAUAAAAAUAUAGUAAUAAUUGGUGGAGGGUUUCUUGGAUCAGAACUCGCUUGCUCGCUUGCCCGUAAUUUACCUGAAAAUAAAAGAGUAUAUCAAAUAUACAAAGAAAAGUUCAUAAUGGAUCAAAUACUGCCACAGUAUUUAAGCGAAUGGACAACAAACAAAGCAAUGUUAGAAGGUGUUCAGUGUAUUCCCAGUUCUGAAGUUGAGGACUAUUCGUAUAAAAAUGGACAAUUGUCGCUUGUUCUUUCAGAAAAUCGUACUGUCGAUGCUGAUCAAGUGGUUAUAGCAGUAGGUGUUGAACCAAAUACUGAUUUAGCAAUAGCUUCGCAUUUAGAAACAGAUCCUGAUGUAGGCGGUUUCCUUGUAAAUGCAGAAUUAGAAGCAAGAAGUAAUCUUUGGGUUGCUGGAGAUGCAGCUUGCUUUUAUGAUAUUCGACUUGGUAGAAGAAGAGUAGAACAUCAUGAUCACGCUGUAAUUUCAGGAAGAUUAGCAGGAGAAAAUAUGACUGGUGCAGGAAAACCAUAUCUGCAUCAGUCAAUGUUUUGGUCCGAUUUAGGACCAGAGGUUGGAUAUGAAGCAAUUGGUAUUGUAGAUUCGUCGCUGCCAACUGUAGGAGUUUUUGCUAAAACGUCAGAGUCUAUUGCUUCACCAGCGUCCAUUUCUAAUUCAGAUGAAAUAACUCGAUCUUUGAGUGAAAAGAAAGUACACUCGAUGCAAACACAAGAUUUAGUAAAAUCAGAGUUAGAAUCAAGAACAAUCAUAACCACUGAUGAACAAGCAAGUUCAGAAAAUAGUAAAACAACAGUCUGCGAUAGUUCAAAAUCAGCAACAGAGGAACCCAAAAAAUAUGAUGAUUUUGGAAAGGGAGUUAUUUUUUAUUUAAGGGAUGAUAUUGUGGUUGGUAUAGUUCUUUGGAAUAUCUUCAACCGGAUGUCAAUUGCUAGGCAGGUCCUUGCCAGGGGCACAAAAUAUGAUGACUUAAACGAAGUAGCAAAACUGUUUACUAUUCACAAUGAUUAAUUUCGUUAACACAAGAAUAUGAUGAAUGUGUGACAAUGAAUUGUGUCACUAAUAUAUGUGGGUCUGUAUUCAUUCUUCUGAAACAUUUUUACAAAUAAAAAAUCUACAACUAAUAUAUUAUUCCUGAGUUUAAAAGGUACGACUUGUAUAAAUAUUGCACAUAUUACGUACAAAGCUUAUCCAAAAGUAAUUUAUAGA